GAGGGUCUCGGCAGACGCGGGCGGACUGCAGCUCCCGGCAUGCCCCGCUGUUGGGCUGCAGCUCCCGGCAUGCCCCGCUGUUGGACUACAGCUCCCGGCAUGCCCCGCUGUUGGGCUGCAGCUCCCGGCGUGCCGCGCGCCUGCAACAUGGCGGCGCCCAGAGGCGUCUCGGGCCCGGACACCGACACCGGCAGCAGCUCGGACUCGGACGGCGGCGGCGAGGCCGCGGCGCGGUUCCGGGAGGCCGCCUGGGACUGUGCGGCGCAAGCGGCGGCGGCUGCACCACGGGCGGAGCCACGUGGCGGUGGCUUUAGGAAGGAUGGGUUACAGCCCAAAGAUCAGCCAAGUCUGAGGCGGGAGGUGAACGGCUGCCAGGAGGGUGACAACGAGCUCCACACAACCGCAGAGUUCAGAGCACACGUGGCCAAGAAACUGGGAGCAAUGCUGGACAGUUUUGUAACUGUCUUGAAGGACUCAUCAGGACCUUCUCAGACCUCUGUGCCACAGUCUGACUCUGCAGAUGAUGGUUUUCGCCUCUUCUCUUCCUCUGUCCCUGGAGACUGUGGGAAACCAGAGCCUUGCCCUGCAGCAAGGAGGAGGCGCCCAGUGAGCUCCAGUGACACGGACAGUGACCAGGAGUGGCAAAGGUUCCAGGAGGCUGCUGUGUCAGCUGCAGAUAUUCUGAAGCAAAGUGCUUUUCCUGCACUAUCCCAGGAUUCCAGCCAGGAUCAGAGUCAGGGCUGUGUAGAGCACAACCAGAAAAAAAAGAAGAAGAAGAAGAAGAAAAUUAAGGGAGAGAAAAAUAUUCAAGAGAAAAGAAUAGACCCAGUAGAGUGUGACCAGAUCUGCAAAGAUUUGCCUCGGUUGGUGUCUGCAAAUGGACAGCAGGAGAGACAGAACAGCAAUCAUGGAGACAACUCAGUUCUGCCAGGAGCUGUGAAGAAGAAAAAGAAGAAGAAAAAAUUAGAAUGAUGGUUUUACUCUGCAAACAGCAGGCGGUUGUGAUGGAUGAAGGAAAUGAAAGAAAACUUAACAACAAGAGUUGCUGCAGAGGAGGGAAAAUUAAUUGGCAGAGCUUCUGUUCUAAAAGCUCAGUGGCCUGAGAGACUAAUUAAGUGCCUUCCUGUGCUGUUGGCACCCCUGAGGAAGGGAACAUUGUUCUCCUCACACGGCAGUUGUCUGUGCUGCUGCUCGUGCAGGCCAAGCCUAAAAGGACGAAAUCCUGUGCCAGACUUGUGUGACAGAGGGGUGUAAUCACAGCUGCAUCCCUCCUGCUCUUCUUCACAUCAUGACACCAAAUCUGGUGUCCUGGAGAAAGUACAUGAUGAAUUGAAUUUGGUUUACAUGGCAACAGGUGAUCAACUCCCUUUUCUCUUUGCCUCUUGUAGGCGCCUACUAAGAAUAACUCCAGCCCGUGGGAGACUCAUUUACCAAAAACACCCUUUCAGAUACCAAGGCCCCCUUAUUUUUCUCCUGUGAUCAUCAUAACAAUCUGUUGUUGAAACCUGCAGUGUUACUAAUCCCUCUGCAGUCUGCAGCUCUCCAGGGCCCCAGCACAUAAACAGUGUGCAGUGAGCUGAUUUCAGGGUUGGUAUAAAUGGGUCCUGCUGUUCAGUUGUGUCCAAUGACAUUUUUUUUCAUGUAUAGUUUUUUACGGCAUCUGUUGUUAUUAAAUUCUGUUACGCUGUUGGGCUUAUUUAAUUUGGUAGGUUUUGUACAACAGUGGCUUUCUUGCUGUAUUUGGAUUCUCCCCAGCAGAGAGAGAGAUGGCUGAGGGUGGCUCUUUAGUUGCUAUGAAAUUGCUACAGGAAGGACUUAAGCCUAAUUUAAAAAUUACCGUGUUUCAGUUGGGUUGAUUAUGACUUUUGUCUCUGAAAUACUGUGAGGUUUGGUGGUUUUUGGUAUGACUCUUAGUCUGUUUAUGCUUCAGUUCCAGUCUUUCAGGAAAUUACCUGUUACUAAUAAAUAUUCUUCUUCUCUUUUAAGAUUGUUGGGUUUCAGUAGAUCCAACUUAUUUGCCCUAAUCAGGAGACCAGAAAGCCAGAUUAGAAAAACCAAAAGAGUGAACUGUUGCUCUUUGAGCGUGGAAACCUGCUGUAAGAUCCUUGCUGGUUUUCAGUCAAGAAAACACAGUUGGCAUCCAAAAAUGGAAAAGCCAAGUAGAAAAUUGGUUUGUAAUCUAACCGAAUGUGCCAGCACAAGUUACUUGUCUUAUGGGCAGUUAAAAGUGCAGUGCACUGAGGUUUGGACCUGGGCUUUCAAAUGCAUAGUGGCCUAAACAUUACCUUUUGAUUUGAUUUAAGAUUAUUUUUGUGCUAGUUGGAAGUUAUGUAUAUAUUUGCAACUGAUGCACAUGGGAAAUUAGGAAACAAUUCUAGGAUAAAACUCCUCGGAGAAUCUAGUGCCUGAAAUGGUUGGUGGUGUCUAGAGGAAGCUCCUAUCAAUGAAACCUGUAAUGGACAUCUGCAAUUUUGUAAUUUCCAGAUAUAACUGAAAAGUUCAUUGUUGGGCUUUUCCUUUUUUAAUUUUCUCUUGUGUCUUAACCUUUUAAGAGUCUUGAGCAUGCUCUAGUCUCAAGGUUUUUUAUCCAUUUCACAGUAGAAAGAGUAGCUCAGUUUCAGUCACAAAAACCUGUUAGCCAGACGUGAAGAAAGCCCCAGUUAAUGACAUAUCAGUAAUGUGAAUGUUGAGAGUAAAUAGAGAGGAAUAAUUAGAAGAGGAAUUAUGUGAGUGGAUCCUUGGGACUAAAAACCUACACUUAGUGCAGGCAGGACUCUUGGACCCCGGGGUGAUUAUUUGCAUAUCAAGAGCUACAGAAUCGAGCCUCCAGGGAAGCCAAGAAUGAGCCACGUUCUGUAAAAUGAAUCCAAGCUGACAUGUUUAUAGAGAAAGCUGAAGGAACCUCUACUCUCUGUGGAGCUUGGGAACCUCCCAGGUGUUGUGCAGUGUCAGGGACCAGUGGGGAAUGCCAUCCUCCAAAUCAUUCAGCAAGUCACAUGAGAUAAGAAUCCACAGGGUUAAUGCAGAGAACUGGAAUCUCCUUGCUGCUGUUAAACUUUAAUUUCUGCAUUUAAAACAAAGCAGAGCUAUAUAAAAAAUAACCAAGCCAUUUCCACUGGGAUAGCAUGAUUUUAGAGCAGGUCAUUUGUAACUGAGAAUGUUUGGUACUUUGGUUGUUAAUUAAGGAUUUGUAGCUUGUAAUCAGUGAUCCCACGCUGACAGGUUUGUGCCAAGCCAUUCCCAAAUGUGUUUCUUGGUGAUUUUCUUUGUAAAGUCAGGAACCAAGUUCUCUCUCUUGCCUCCAAGGUGCUGUUAUUGUUAUUAUUGGUGCUCCUUCAGCAAAGGAGGAGAGUGUUUUAAAGAUGGUGUCCCUUCUUUGGCAGCUCAUCUUUGCUCUUCAUGGCGUAGUCUGGUGUUGGCAGGUUUGUACAGGCCCAGCUUGAUGAAAGCUGAGCUGAAUGAAAGCCCCAUCCAGGCCCUGGCACUGCUGCCAUAUUUCAGUCAGGUCCCUGGCUUGGUGGGAUUUCCUCUUGGGCAGCCACAAAAGGAUGACUGGUCAUUCUGUGGUGGCCUGUGGGGUUUGGGUUUGCUGUUUCUGGGGAGGGGCAGUGGAUUUUAGCAGUGCCAGCAUCAUCUUCCCAUGGCUUCUGUCUGGAGCCUGAGACAUUUUCUCUCCUGGAGGCAGCUGAGCAGGGAUCUGUGUGAGGCAGUGGGGGCUGGCUCAGCACAGCAGCCCCUCCUUCCCGUGGUGACAGAGGUGACAGUGAUGGCAAACACGGUUGGAGUUGCACCUGAGUCACCCUGGGGGCAGCUGUGGUGAUCACUGGGUGGAGGAGGCCAUCUGUGUGGAGAUGAAGGUCUCGAUGACGUUGUGGGUGGAUGGCAGCAGCUGGCUGUGGCUGUUGGUGGGGUCGGAGCUCUGGUACAGCACCAGGCUGCUGGAGGACACUGCCAAAGGCACGGGCACAAGGUCAGUACAGAUUCCCACUGCAGGCCCCUUACCCUGUGUGUACACCCUCACAUUUCCACCAUGGCUGCACUCCCCUGGCACAGGGGCUUAACUGCUUUUGUCUGUCUGUUUUGUGUGCUUUUACAUAGGUCCUGAAAACACUGAGGGCAGCAGAGAGUUCAGUUUUGAGGAUUCUAGCUGAUCUCCUAGUUCUCUUAGAACUGGGAAGAUCCAGCUGGAGUCUCUUCAUGAGGGACCCUUGGACUUUUCAGCCCUGAAAACUGCCCACAGGACUGGAUACUCAUCGACACUGAUUUUGCCAGUAUUUUUAAGGUUAUUUUCCUCUCUAGUUUCUGAAGGAGCCCAUUCCCACAGUCUGGCCUUACACAGAAAGUACUCUGGAUUUUUUCCUUGUACUAGCUUUUGGACCCCUUCAGGACACAGCCCUCUUAGGGAAUUGUGAGCCCCAGUUACCAUUUCCUAACUGGAUUUUGCAGAGUUGGGAAGAGAAACUGGGCAAUAUGUGGUUUGAGACAGUAGUGGCUGCUGCUCUUACCCGCAGGGCUCGAGGAGAGGCGUGGGCCUGGCUGAAGGUGCUGGAUGGUGGUGUCCUGGUUCUGUAGGUGGAUUGUUGGUGCCUGUGACACUGGUGUGAGAGAAGAGUUGAGCAGGUGCUGUUUCUAAGGACAAUUAAAUCCUCCUUGAUGAUGCAGUGAGGAGCUUUCUCUAGUGCCUCCAGUACUGCAGCUGGCACCAGUGAGGAGAUAAAAAAGAUGGUCCUGCUGGGAUGACACAGACACCACACACCCAAAACCUCUUUGACAAGCAAGAAGCUGCCUGCAAACUGGAGCAGUUCUAAGACAAAAAGCUGUAAGGAACCUUUAGUAAGAAUAAACACCAUGAGGUUAAACAGUGGGACAAACCACCUUGAUAUCAGUUUUAGAAGACAGACGUAGAAGAUUUCCAGGACCUCAUAAAAGACACAUUUUCUUCAGCAAGAGACCAGAAAGCAGCAAAGUUCGAGCCCAGUCCCUGGGCCUGAGAUGGGGAAACACCCCUCUGGAUACACUCUGCCCUGUUGGGGGAAAGCACAAGGACAGCCUUGCUGAGCUGGGCUUAGCUGGAGACACAGAAUUCUCAGGUGAGAGAAGCCUUCAUUUCCCUGAGGUGGGUUCUGAAUUGCUGCCUUGGACCAGCCCCUGCUCAAACAGAGGUUCAGAGCUGUGAAGUGCUCAGGACCAUCCUCUGGUCCUUUCCUCAGGAGCUGCAAGCCCUGCACAGCCUGGAGCCGGGCUGGGCCCAGAGGGAAGACAUGGUCUGCACCCAGAGCACCACGUGGCCUCCCUGCAGGGCGUUAACAAAGCUCAGAUGGACACAGAAGACUUUCUUUGCGUGGCUAAAAAGAUGUAACAGUUCGGAGUCCACGUAAAAACACGUAAUGAUUCCUUAUACACACAGAAGUCCUGAUGCUGCUGCUUCUGCUUGCCUUGGAGACCUUCAGCUGCAGAGGCUUUUUUUUGAAACCAGUGAACUUUGAAGUCUAUAAACCCAGAAGUGAACAUCUGUUUUUAUGCUGGGACCUCACUGAACGCUACCACUGGAUGCCACGUGGAGAACUGAAUAUGGAAACCUUUCAAAUACUAAGGAGGAGGUAAAUAUUCUCUGUCACCUUAUCCUGAAGGGUUUUUUCCCUUGGUCUGUUAGAAUUGUCCAUUUUAAACUGCAGGACCCUGGGGAAUAAGCAAAAGAACCAGCAAACUUACCCACUUUGAUCUUGCCAUUGACUGGGACCUGCCAGGCUGUGCCACUGAAUAGUUCAGCACUCCUUUAAGUAUUUCAGAUUCUUCAGUGCAGGAAAACCAGUGAGCUUUUCAGUGUUUCUUAAAUGUUACAGAUUUAAGGAAUGGAAGGGAUUCCUGCUGCAAAUUAGCCAGUAUCCCUAUUUUACACCCUGGCACUAAGGAUUGCAAUAUCCUAUUUCCCAGUGCUGUGAUGUGCAGUUGUGAGGUGAUGAGAACAGUAGAGGCCAAGGGUGGAAGCUGCAGAGCUUUUACCAGUUAGAUUCUAGUUCUAGUAGUAGAGCAAGAGCUCAGUUGCAGAGUCUGGCCAUAAUCCAACGUUCUCCUGUAACUGAAUUGUGCUCAAGGGUUGUGCCUUGAGAAUGAAUAUUUGAAAUAAGGGGUCUCGGGUUUGCUAACCCAUCUUCAUCUGUUACCAGUGCUUAGGAUAUGUUGAUUUCCUGAAUUGUAGCAAUUUCCCAGGCCAUGGCUUGAUCCUCAGGUCACUCUGAUUAAUGUGAUCUUGGUAAUGUGCAAGUGGAGACUUUUAAAAUUCAGAGACACCGAGUGAGACCUGCUUGUUUUCCUCAUGUUUGCAGUAUUUGGUUCUGUAUUUUUUCCCCUGCAGAAUGUUUUUCCUUAGGUGUAAUUAAUCUGGUGGUUGAGACCCCUCAAAUUCAGUGUUUCUUGACAAGACAUAAGCAGCUUUACAGCACUAAUCUGGUCAGUUUAAUAGCAAGCUCACAAACAAUGUUACAUUAACAAAUCAGUUUGGAUGCAGAUUGGAAAAAUAUAUCAGUAAUCACAAGAAGUCUGAUUUCUAUUUUAUUUUAAUGGCAAGUUUAAUAAAGAUUAUUUAAACAUGUUCAACACUUUGUUUUCUCCUACUACACUUGAAUAUAACUCCAAUGCAUUUUUAAAAAAUUAUUUUCUUCUCCUGAAGUAGCAGACAGUGUGAAAAUACAGUGACAGCUAUUUUACAAAACUAGCUUCCCAGCAUUCUCCAAUAUCCUUCUAGGCAAGGAUGUCAUGAGCUCCUCUAAUGAAAUUCUAUUUUAUUGGUAAAUAAUAGUCUGCCUUGAUUAAGUGUUCCAAAUUAAUCCCUUCUGCCUUACAUGUAAUAUUGAAUUACUAAUUAAAUAGAUUACUUACUAACACUGAAAACAACUGUAUGAAAGUAUAAUGGAUACACAAUAGGAACAUUACUCUUAUAUUUUACUCUUACUGGUCUGUAUUCUGGUUAUUGCACUUGGGCAAAGCCCCAGUAAGGGACAGGAGAGUGCUGUGAACAGCAUGGAAGGCACAACAGGCUCCCAGUGCCUGGCUUCUUGUAUCAACACCAUUUUUACCUCUGAUGUUUUAAUUUACUGAAUAAUAUCUACUAUUAAGUGUACAUGAUGAAAAAUACAGUAAUUUGCUGGGAUAAAGCCAGUGUAAUGUGGCUUCAAGGAGAAUACAGAGAAGGGAAAAAACCUAAAUGUAUUUAUGAUAGAAGUGCUUCCAGAGGGAGCCUGUGUAGUUCCCUGAAUAGGGUGGUAAAAUUGCCAUUGGCAAAAGAAACACAGAGAAACGGUUCUAUUAAUAAUUCUUUACCAUUUUAAUGUUCUUCCUGCUGAGACUGCUAAAUGCUUUACUGGCCUGAAUGACAUUAACAUAAUCCCCUCCUUGAAAUGUGAGAGCUAUUAUGAUAAUGUUCACCCUCAUUUCUGUUAUUGGGGGGAAGAAAGCUACACAAGUACCAAAACUGGUGAUUAUUUGUGCUUUGGGAGCUCAGUCCCAAAAGGCAAACAGGAGUGUGAAAAAUCUGAGAUAAUUGUCAUUUCUGUGUUGUUUUCGUGGGGUUGGAUUUCAGCGAUUUGUGCAAACCCCGAGUGUCCCAGCGGGGAAGGACUCGCUCAAAUACACGGUUUUAAUGUUUCAAGUAUAUACCCAUUUACGUUCCAAUUUAGUAGUUUUUGUUGUAAGCAUGCGAUUGUAACUGAAAAAUGUGAUUUUACACAGAAGGAAGCUGGUUUUUUUCAUUGGUGCCUCCUUCCAUACUUUUAAUAGUGCAACCAAAGCUUCCAGAGCCAAGAAGGUGCAAGGCUACCUUUGACUGAGACACUGGAGGAACUCCCCGGGUUUCUGCUUGCCACUGUUUGCAGGUUUCAGUUGCAUUUAGAAGGACAAAUAUUUUACUCUUUACAUUUGUUAAACUUUGGGAGUCUCACUGAAACUAAGGAAGGUGUAACAACCAUUAGGAACUGGGCUGGACGCAGAGCUUGGAGUCAUAGUGAGAUAACGGGUUUAAAUUACAGGCUCUCUCUACAUAUUCCUCCACCUGUAUGGGGAAGCAGGACUGUCCUCCUUCCCAGUCACCCAUCGGUUCCCCCCCACAUUUAUUCCCUGUUUUACCAUCAGGAUGAGGCUGGAGAGCAGGAGCAGCUCUGGAGUUGGGUUAUGAAGGAGUUUCCCACUAGGUGGUAGUGAAGAGAAUCCUGUCACAUGUAUGGUCACUGCAGUUUUAAUUGUGUUUAUCAAGGGUCCUACAAGCAAAUAGCCCAGCGUAGCUCCCAGCUGUACAGUCAGAACUGGAUCUCUUGAUUUUUAUUUUUUUUGCCUUCCCUUUCUGCUCAUUUCCAUGCUAUUUGUUCCUCCCAAAACCAAGCAGGGUUGACAACUCUACCUGUCAUGUCCUUUCCUGAAAGGUGAAGUGUCUACAUGAAGCUACUCUGGUUCUUUCCACCUCCAUUAGAGCAGAAUCAAGACAUGGUUAGCUAAAUGUCAUCCUCUGACAUUUAAACAACUUGGAGGUGAGGACUCUUUGUAGCCAGUACUUUCAUCUGAUUUUUCUCCACCACACUUGCCUCUGGGAGCUAACCUUCCAAAUAUAAAAAUUAAAAAAAAAAAGGUUUUGUUUGCUCCUAGUUUUGAAAUACCUUGACAGGUCUAAGCAGAGCAUCAGCCUACAUCAAAGGUUCCAGACAGAACAGGUAUUUUGGAAGGACUUUGUAAUGUCAGAGUAAACUGUCACUGAAAUUCAGAGUAAAGCUCUCUUGUAGGUCCAAAGAAAGACUGUACAAAAGAUAUGCUGAGGAAAUUAUCUGGGGAAUGCAAGCAGUGCUCCAAUUUGCAGUAAGAGCAGAUGCUGGGUCUGCAAGGAGGAAUAAAUUUCUCCUGUGAAUUCAUCCCACUGCUAUCCUGUAAUGAUAAAGCAAGCUUGAAAAGUCAUUUAGUAGUCUAGUCACAAAGCCUGAGAUGCUGAAAGAAAUUGUACUUUAAUUGCUCAUCAGCUAUAAAUCAUUUGUGCCAAAUUAAUGUGCUGGAAAUUUUGCAAGACUGAGAAACUGGAAGCUACUUCAAUAAGGACACAAAGCAGGGAUAUUGUUUCAUAGAUACCAAUAUCAGUUUAACAUCCAAUUCUCAGGGAAAAAAAAAAUUGAGGAAGGCUCUUUAGUGCCAAGACAAGGCUGAAGCCCUGAUUUAUCUUUCCCUGCAGUGAUUUAAAAGGACAGAGAGGUUCUUUUUUUCCUCUUACAUUUACUGUGUUAUAAUCAAUGAAAAGGGUAGCACAGACAUUCCAGACACUUGGGUUUCCACCACAGCAGGGAGGAUUCCAAAUUAUUUGGUCAUUAUCUAAGUGUUCCUGUAGAUUUUCCUGCUGUGCUGAGGGAGAACAAAAGCAGGGAAGUUCUCUGUUGUGCAAGUCCUACCCAGAGCCUGAGUAUCUUUUACCUUUUGUGUGUAUGUGGGAACUCCAGACUUUCCUCCAAAAUGGCCUGACUUGUCUGUGUACCCAGAGCUCCAGGUGCUGAGCAUGGCUCCUCCUCUCCUUGCACCACAUCCACCAAAGCUCUGUGUCCACUGAGCUGGGCACAGGGACUGUGUGUGGGGUAUAAGAGGAGGGGCAAAGAUCAAAUAGGGGAGGAAGUUUUGCAAGGUAGUCCAGCCUGAGCUGGAUGAGAGGGAACGUUAGCAUUCCUCACCCUCCCGUCCUUCCAGCACACCCACCUGCCAGGACUGACCCCAGCAGGGAGUCCAUGAGCUGGCCAGUCACAGUACUUGGAGUGUUUCCACCUCACAGCUGAUAAAUCCCAUUCUCAAACAGAUGUUGGUAAGUGGGUAAAGUGUUGAUUAUGUCAGGAAUGCUAAGGUCGUCCCUGUCCACAAGGCCAAAGGGCUGUGAAAAUCAGAGGGUUUGGAUGCUGAAGUGACACAACCCAAAUCACUUGUUUUCGAAGCACAAAAUACAGGGGGAGAAGCCUUCAGAGUCCAGCACCAUCUUAAUGAAAGCACUGUUUAACUAGGACAGAAGAAUCCCAGGCGUCACCUCCACCAAGACCAAGAGAACCUGUGUUGCACAUGCAGCAACCUCCUGCUGCUGCAUCCCAGAACUUCAGGUGGCUGCAACGUGUUGCAGUUUCCUCUGCAUUGAUGCAGGAGCUGAGCUAGCAAGGAUGAAGGGAUCCACCCAGGACUACACAGCAGCUGCUGAUAGAACAGAGUUACGUCAUGUCCAACUGUAUGUUCAAACUAGCUCUUGUCCCUCCCACGCUGGAAGGAACAAUGAAUGGGAAUGCACAGCUGGACUGGGACAACUGAUCCAAACUCCACAAAGCCCCACUUGCACAAACUGCUGCAAGCGAACUCCCAGGAGGUGGGAGCAGAACACGCCACUUCUGCAUUUGGCAGAAACAAGGAAGGACGGAGGGUUCGGCAGCAGAAACCAGGGAGGGGAGAAAGAUCAGUGUAAAUGUAGGAGUUCCCCUGCCUGGGACUUGUGCAGGGUUUGAUACAAGGCUGGUGAUAACACAGAGCAUGUAAUGUUUAUUUGGUCAAAGCACAUGGAACGUUAUUUUCCUUCCUUAAAAACCCACCUCGAGCAUCUCAUCCUACCGGUUUUAUUUGGUUUCCAAGAUCACAAAUUCAAAAACACGGCAAUCUCCAGAAAUACCUGUGAAUUUAAUAAAUUAAACCGCCGGCGUGUAUGAACUGCCUUA